AUGGAUUAUAGAACGUCCCUUCUGCAGGCUGAUGUGGAGCGGGAGGGGGGUGUGGAUGUGCUACUUCAGCGCUUCUGGAGUGGAUUCUCCUCCUGCGAGAGUCUGGGAAGAGCCUCUACCGAGGAGCGCGAGCGGGUGGAGAUUAACCAAACCUACUCGUUCCGUCAGGGAUUCCUGACACCGCGGAAGGACAGAGCUCUCAGCCUCUUUGUAUAUCUGCGUCCUUACAGCCAGAGCUCUAUUCAACUGUUUUUCUUCCAACAGACUUUGGGAACUAUCACUGCAGUGCCCAUUAAGGUUCCUCAGGUCAGCUCCUUGCAGAGGUUGGCAGGACAAGGACCAGCAGUGCUACCUCAGGUUAGGCCAAAGACCCUGAUUCCAGACAGCCUCCCCAUCUCCCCGUGCAGAGACCAACCUUCCAAGCAGCCUCCUACCUUCCAGAAGGCAACCGUAGUCAGCAUCAAAAACCCCAGCCCGGCCCUCCCGACUGCCAAUAACACCGUCAGCCAUGUACAGACGCCUAACAGCCAGUCACAAGGUGUCACCGAGUCUACAGCUAUUUCAUCACCUCUGAGCAGUGCAGGUGUGGCUUACGCCAUCAUUUCCACCUCCCCCAACAAUGCAACUCCGAUCAGCACCAGCGCAACUGUCUCUGUCGUCAACGAUAGCAUCAAAGUGCAACCACUCCUCAUUAGUGCCGACAGCAAGGUUAUCAUUAUUCAGCCUCAAGUCCAAACCCAGACAGAAAGUAAAGUGGAGACAAAGAAACCUCCUGAAGAGUCAGCUCAGGGACCCCCUGCUACCAAAAAGAAAAAGGAGGAAAAUCCAGAGAAAAUUGCCUUCAUGGUAGCAUUAGGACUGGUUACAACAGAACAUUUGGAAGAAAUCCAGAGCAAGCGUCAGGAAAGAAAGAGAAGAAGCACAGCAAAUCCAGCCUACAGUGGACUCUUGGAAACAGAGCGGAAACGCCUUGCAUCAAAUUAUUUGAAUAACCCCUUGUUCCUUUCAACAAGAGCAAAUGAGGAUCCGUUCUGGAAGAAUGAGAUCCACCACGAUGAACACUGCACUGCUUGCAAGCGUGGCGUGAACUUGCAGCCCUGUGGCACGUGUCCCAGAGCGUAUCACCUCAACUGCUUGGACCCACCCCUCAAAACUGCCCCCAAGGGGAUUUGGGUCUGUCCAAAGUGCCAACAGAAGGUGUUAAAGAAAGACGACAACGUGCCAUGGACUGGAACUCUGGCAAUUGUGCACUCCUAUGUUACUCAUAAAACAGUCAAAGAAGAGGAGAAGCGGAAGUUAUUGAAGAGAAGCAGCGAGCUGAAGAGUGAGCAUAGACAGUUAGAAGAAAAAGAUCGACUUCUCAACAAUGCAGUGAAGAAAUGCUUAGAGCUAAAAACCAGCCUGUUGGCCCAGCAGAGAGGGACUCAGUCGUCACUGGAACGUCUCAAAACCCUCAUUAGACUGAUACAAAACGAGCAGAUGAUUCAGGUUACCAUGACGACCACCACCACCUCCUCCCUGCUGACUGUCCCCUGGAUCAAACCCUCCCCUGCCUCUGCUGCCAUGCACAAAGCCUUGCAGCAAUCGCAGGGUAACAACUGACGGAGCCGGCUGCCGGAGGGCGAAGGCAAGGGGGGAGAAAAAACUUUGUACCCAUGCGCAGAGGAGAGAUUAAACGGAAACAAAGGAGGAAAGGAACAAUCUCAGUUUUGAUACGCGUAGAAACUUGCAAACCAAUCAGUCCAGUUUGUAGGUCACUGUGGCAGCAGGUUCCCACAGAGCGGGUUGUGCUGCGGUUUUGUAUUUGCCGAGACCUUCAGUGCUCAUGAGAUUUUUUUGGGUUAUGUUGGCCUUAAUGUAUUUCUGACCGAGGAGGAAGGGGAGAAGUACGGCCGAUAGGAAGCGGGAUAUAUCCUUUUGUGGGGCGGCAGACGGGUUUCCAGUUCUGCUUUAAGGGGGAAAUUUUCAAUGCAAAGAGGUAGUGAGGUAGUAGAAAAGUAGUUGGGCUGAAAGCUGUGUGUGGGAGGGAAAUCGGUGAGGGAACCAGAAACUGAACUACUUAGGACUCGACAUGGAUUCUUACCAGAGGAACAAAGUUGCCCCCGUUGAUUCAGGUGACCUGGAGAUGGGGGCCGGUUCGACCAGAUCGGCGUCACGGACACUCACAGAGCCUUCGAAACAAAAAAAAAAAUCUUUUUUUUUUUUUUUUUUUUUUUUUUUCAGUAUUAUUAGAGUUGAGAAUUGCAGAUAUUUAAAUAAAGAAACUGUAUGAAGUUAGCAUUUCUAGUAAAAUAUUGAAGUAUUUUCAUGCUGAUGCUUCUGUAUAUGCGUUCUGAAGUAUUUAAAAAAGUAUGACUGUAAAACUCCUUACUUUUUUGCAGGUCCUUUUUACUUAUUUUGCUAUCGGUGUAUUUUUCUCAUGGAGUUUUUGUGCAAGAUUUAGCAUAAACCAUAAUAGUGGAUAUCUUUGGCAGGUUGGGUUUCAUUUUUUAAAGAUAUUAUUUUGGGGGUUUUCUUCUGUUAGUCUUGGAUUAUUUUUCUUUUUUAAAGAAAAAGAGCAAAUAAAUAUUCUCUUUUUUUUUGUUUCUUGCCAGUACAGAUAAUAUGCCAAAAAGAUAACUUUACAUUUUUGUACUGCGUUUUUAUUGUUAAGAAUAUGUAACGUGAUUUUUUUUUUAAAUUAUUUAUUAUUUUUCUUUUUUCUUGCAGAAAUAUCUGCUGAAAUGGUACAGGAAAAAAAAAAUAAACAACCCUGCCUCAAGGGGUUGUUUCUCAGACUGGAUAAUAUCAGGAGUUCUGGGGGAGGGACGGGCUGUGGAAAAUGUAAAGGGUUUGUUGGGGUGGUUUUUUUUUUUGGAAACUUGAUUACUUUGUACUAUUUUGUUGGAUUUUAGCACGUUGGGGAAGCACUUAGCAUUACCCUGAGGAAAUCCCAGUGCGCCUGCUUGUUUCACUAGCUAGUCUUCCUGAUACUGCAAGGGUCCGCUGGCCCCCCCGCAGGCCACAGGCCCCCCGUCACCCUGCGGCCUGCCCGGGAAGGUAGUGAUGGGCACCCCGGUUUUUCUCACCAUCACCCCCCCCCGCCCUCAGACACCAUCAUCUCCGUCGUUUAUGAGUUCUCCAUCAUUUAGCACAACUUAAGGAAAGCAAGAAGCCACCAGAGCACGACUCGAGGCUAGUCUCUCACAUCAGCAUAUCACAUGGUGCCGAAUAUCUUUUUUUUUUUUUUCUUUUUUUUUCUUUUUUUUUGAAAACAAACAAAAACCCAUGCGAGGGACUGGCUUUUUUCCGUCGCCCAUCACUAGGCAGCACAUGGUCCCUUCAACCAUUUUCACAACUCCGGGAGAAACUGUGCAGUACUAUACAAAUCUAUUUUAAUACACAACACUCGGUUGAACAAGAUUUUUAUAUUCUUUUAUUGAUGAACAAAGUGAACUAAGUAAAACACAAUUGUUAUACAUUGGUUAUUGUAUGCCAAUUAUGCAUUCUAACGUGGCUUGCAAUGUAAAUGUUUUCAGGUUUAAUGAUUUUUUUUUUCUUCUCAGACAAAUUAAAAAAAAAAAGGGAAAAACGUGGAAGGUUGAAUA